GCAGCAGCAGCGGCGGCAGCAGCAUGGCGGCCGGGUGCGAGCGGCCGAGGGCGCCGCCGCCUCCCCCGUCUCCUCCUGCCGUUGCUCCGCCGGAGCCUGUGGGCCAGCUGCCCAAAUAGCCGCCCUGCCCGGUCCUGCCCCGCCCGGAGAGCGCCCGGCCAUGGAGCUCGCCAAGCCGGCCUUCCCCGCGCUGCCGCAGGCCAAAGAGGACUCUGAGGAUUGGACCUAUCCCAUGAGGAGAGAGAUGCAGGAAAUUUUACCUGGGUUAUUUUUAGGCCCGUAUUCUUCGGCUAUGAAAAGCAAGCUACCUAUACUUCAGAAACAUGGAAUAACCCAUGUAAUAUGCAUACGGCAAAACAUCGAAGCGAACUUUAUUAAACCAAACUUCCAACAGUUAUUUAGGUAUUUAGUCCUGGAUAUUGCAGAUAAUCCAGUUGAGAAUAUAAUACGAUUUUUCCCCAUGACUAAAGAAUUUAUUGAUGGAAGUUUACAAAGUGGAGGAAAAGUUCUUGUCCAUGGAAACGCAGGGAUUUCUAGGAGUGCUGCCUUAGUUAUUGCAUACAUAAUGGAAACAUUUGGGGUGAAGUACAGGGAUGCAUUUACUUAUGUUCAAGAAAGAAGAUUCUGUAUUAAUCCAAAUGCUGGAUUUGUCCAUCAACUUCAGGAAUAUGAAGCCAUCUAUCUAGCAAAAUUAACCAUACAGAUGAUGUCACCACUGCAGCUGGAGAGAUCCCUCGCAGUUCCAGCUGGUACUACAGGAAGUUUAAAGCGAAUGCAUGAAGAGGAUGAAGAACUUGGAACCGUGCAUGUGGCAGCAGCACAGAAUGGAUGACAUUUGAGGACAAGCACUGUUUUAUUGUGAAUUCCUGCCGAGAAAGGUGAAGAAAACUAGA